CUUCCUCAUUGGCGCCGCGCGGAGAGGCGGAAUGUUCAACUCCUGACUCCGGAGGAAUCGUGGGAGCCGCGAGGGCCGCCGUCGUCCCGACCCCCGCCGCCCUCGUCGCGCGCGAGGCCUCGGCGCCCCCGGCUGCUGCUCGCGCCCGGCCCGGGAGCCAGAUUUUGUGGAAGUAUAAUACUUUGUCAUUAUGAGAUGUCGUCUCUCGGUGCCUCCUUCGUGCAAAUUAAAUUUGAUGACUUGCAGUUUUUUGAGAAUUGCGGUGGAGGAAGUUUCGGGAGUGUUUAUCGAGCCAAAUGGAUAUCACAGGACAAGGAGGUGGCUGUAAAGAAGCUCCUCAAAAUAGAGAAAGAGGCAGAAAUACUCAGUAUCCUCAGUCACAGAAACAUCAUCCAGUUUUAUGGAGUAAUUCUUGAACCUCCCAACUACGGCAUCGUCACAGAAUAUGCUUCUCUUGGGUCACUCUAUGAUUACAUUAACAGUAAUAGAAGUGAAGAAAUGGAUAUGGAUCAUAUUAUGACCUGGGCCACUGAUGUAGCCAAAGGAAUGCACUAUUUACAUAUGGAGGCUCCUGUCAAGGUGAUUCACAGAGACCUCAAGUCAAGAAAUGUUGUUAUAGCUGCUGAUGGAGUAUUGAAGAUCUGUGACUUCGGUGCCUCUCGGUUCCAUAACCAUACAACACACAUGUCCUUGGUUGGAACUUUCCCAUGGAUGGCUCCAGAGGUUAUCCAAAGUCUCCCUGUGUCAGAAACUUGUGACACAUAUUCCUAUGGUGUGGUUCUCUGGGAGAUGCUAACAAGGGAGGUCCCCUUUAAAGGUUUGGAAGGAUUACAAGUAGCUUGGCUUGUAGUGGAAAAAAACGAGAGAUUAACCAUUCCGAGCAGUUGCCCCAGAAGUUUUGCUGAACUGUUACAUCAGUGUUGGGAAGCUGAUGCCAAGAAACGGCCAUCGUUCAAGCAAAUCAUUUCAAUUCUGGAGUCCAUGUCAAAUGACACGAGCCUUCCUGACAAGUGUAACUCAUUCCUGCACAACAAGGCGGAGUGGAGGUGUGAAAUUGAGGCAACUCUUGAGAGGCUAAAGAAACUAGAGCGUGAUCUCAGCUUUAAGGAGCAGGAGCUUAAAGAACGAGAAAGACGUUUAAAGAUGUGGGAGCAAAAGCUGACCGAGCAGUCCAACACCCCGCUUCUCUUGCCUCUUGCUGCAAGAAUGUCUGAGGAGUCUUACUUUGAAUCUAAAACAGAGGAGUCAAACAGUGCAGAGAUGUCAUGUCAGAUCACAGCAACAAGUAACGGGGAGGGCCAUGGCAUGAACCCAAGUCUGCAGGCCAUGAUGCUGAUGGGCUUUGGGGAUAUCUUCUCAAUGAACAAAGCAGGAGCUGUGAUGCAUUCUGGGAUGCAGAUAAACAUGCAAGCCAAGCAGAAUUCUUCCAAAACCACAUCUAAGAGAAGGGGGAAGAAAGUCAACAUGGCUCUGGGGUUCAGUGAUUUUGACUUGUCAGAAGGUGACGAUGAUGAUGAUGAUGAUGAUGACGGUGAGGAGGAGGAUAAUGACAUUGCUAAUAGUGAAUGAAAGCGAAAAGCAAAGUAAUAAAAUUGAAAAUGUUUGGAAAAAAAAACAAAACUAACUUGUUAUCUCAAGUCUGUACAAAAACCAGUAAGGAGGCAGAAAACCGAGCACCGCAUUUUUAGGCCAAUCACAUUUACAUGACCAUAAUUUCUUAUCAAUUCUACUUUUUUUUUUUUUUGCUUUCAGAAAAAUGGGAAAAUUAAGCCAAAAAAAGUAUGUUUAUGAAUCAGCAAAUGUGGUGCCUGAUUAUAGAAACUUGUGAUUCUGUAUACAAUACAAUAUAGGAGUUUUAAAGUAGUGGCAUUCUGGCUUUUUCUUUUUAAAUGAAUACUUUUUAGUUUGUAUUUGACUUUAUUUCCUUUAUUCAAAUCGUUUCUAAAAACUGACAUUUGGAACAAGAACUCUUAACUCCUAAUUCUUUACACUUAAUAAUUUCUGUGACAUGCUUUUUUUUCUUUUAGCAAUACACUGUAGUAUCAGAAAUGGUUGGCCUGAGCAACAUAGUAAGACCUCGUGUCUACUACUAAUUACAAAAUUAGCUGACAUGGUAGCAUGCACCUGUAGUCCCAGAUACUUGGGAAGCCAAGGCAGGAGGAUCGCUUGAGACCUAGCAGUCAGUCAGGGCUGCAGUAAGCCAUGAUGGCACCACUGCACUCCACACUGGGCAAGAGAACAAGAUCCUGUCUCAAAAAGAAAAAAAAGACACAAAAACAAAGAAUUGAUAGUACAAAAUCCAACAACAAAAAUACUGAGAUGAAAAAAGAUUAUAACAAAAUGUUCUUCAGAAAUACCUAAGUACGGAGAAUGUUUAGUACUAAAGAGCACAGCUGCUCAAUGUAAAGCCUGAGCAGUGUUCUCAGUCGUACAGUUGAAGGAAAAAUACUCUAAUAUGAAACCAACAGCAGAUGUUGCAAACUUUCAUACAACUGCUGGCCAUGGAAGCUUCUUAACAGCACCACACUGUCAUUUAGGGCUAUGCUUGUGCUUUAUACAGAGAGAAAGAUGUGGUCUUAAGGGGAUGCUUCCAGGGGGGUAAGCUCAUGCCUCUCCUGGAUUUUCCAGUAAGUGGGGUAUAUGCAUGCUUGUUUGUUUUUUAGAAGGCAUAAUAAUCCUGGAUUCUAAACAUAUGUAUAGCUAUUUUAAAGAGGAAAUUAAAUCUUAUAAAAGAAAUAGUUGAGAUAAAUCAUCCUCACCGAGGCAAAAGCAUAGGUCCUUCCCAUAUCAAGUUUAGCCUUCCGGAGUCGUUCUGUGUUUCAACUCUGCUUCAUGAUGUUGCCAUUUUAGGAGUAGAUGCAGGCAUUGCUCUGAAAACCUGGCUAGCCAGGAAUAUUCUCAGAAUGUUAUCACCGAUUUGUCAAAGCUUGUUUAAAUUAUAAAACUAUUAAGCCAAAAUAUUUUUGGUGGUUCUUUUUAUGACGUUUAAGAAAGGACGUCGUCACAGCUAUGAUCUAAUAGUAUUUCUGACUAUAUUUGAUCGUUAAAACCUCUUGGACUUUGAAAUGUGAUAGGCUUCUAAUGCCUAUUGAGAGCUAAAAAAUACCACAUAAUGAUCGGUAUGCUGUGCCAGUUUCAUUUGGGGAGAAAUAACUAAUAGAGUGUUCUGGGUGAGAGGUGUACAGCAGUCUAGGUGGCAUAGUGAUGAAGAAGGAGAUCGGAGUCCAGCUGUCACUCAGAAUCCCGGGCCGUUACUCUAUAACCUUGGGCAAAUUAUUUAACCCCCAUGUGUCUGUCUGCUCAUCUGCAACAUGGGAAUGCUAAUAGUAUCUACUUGAAAGGAUCAUUGUAUGGAUUAAAAGAAAUGAUCAAUGUAAAGCACUUCGCACAGCCCCAGGCCCAUGGAAAGUGGCUAGUUAACGUGAGCGACUAUGAAUAGUGCCAGUGAAGACACUGAAAAGUAAGUGAUUUCAGCACCCUUCUGGAAAACUAAACUAUCAGUUUCAAAUAAUAUUUUCUCUGUAGUAUGAGAUGAAAUUAAAAGUGGAUAGCUUUCAGGAAAGAUAAAGAGAACAUUCGUAGAAUGUAAGCUAAACACAUUUCUUCUGUUGCUCUUUAAAACUAUGAGCCCUGGCCAGGUUAACCUGGUAUGAAAUGAGACUAAACACAAAAAGAGUAGGUAAACCUUUCCCUGAAAGAUGGAUUCCCCACAUACCCAUGCUACUAGUUUCUCUGUCUAUUCACACAUAUAUACAAAUACAUGCACACAGCUUGUCUGUGCUCAGACAUAGAGAAGUACUACCUGACUCUAGUCAGUACGCCCAAGCAGAAAAGCUUGGAGUAGAGCAAAAGGGAAGGCUUGGGACUCCUGUCUUUCCAGCAUGCCCUGGGAUGCAAUAGUCAGCCGCCUGACGAGAGAGCCGAUAGCAUGGGGUUUACAAGGCAAAGAUACAGUCAUUCAUUUAACACAUUCAUUGAGUUCCUUCUCUGUGCCAGACACUGUUCUGGAAGAUAGCUAGAUGAAAAUCUUUGCACUCACAUAUUUUACUUGCCAGUGAGUGCUAAGCAAAGCAAAGGCAUAUGUUCACAUUUGGUAAGUACAUGCCAAAAAGUGAAGCAGGGAAGGAGGAUAAGGCCCAUGGGUGAGUGUUGAGGUUUAUAAAGUAUGGUCAGGAAAGGCCCCACUGAUAAGGUAACAUUUGAGCAAGGCUGAAAAAGGCAAGGGGAUCCCUGGGCUAACUUCAGGGUUUGUGCACUUUAUAUAAGAAUGCAAACCUUGCUUCUCAUUUAAGAAUGGUCAGCAAUACAUUUAGAACAUAUGAACUGAAUGAAAUGGACAUUGUUUUCUUAAUUUAUAUAUAAAUCUAUAUGAUUAAACACAAAGUUCUGACGCAUUAAUAAAAGCAGUCAAAUAGGGCCAAAGAGAAAAAUAAUAGGACUCUAUGCUGGACCUAACUUUAUCAUUAAUUAGGUAAUAUUUUCCUCACCAGUAUUCUAGAGAUGCUCAUAGCUCAAUACUUUACCAUCAAGAAGAACCUGCAGGGAUUUAGAGUACAGCAGAAAGGGCCACAGUGAAGAGCUUAAAAUUGUUCUCCACGUAGAACUACUGAUCAUUAACACAUGACAUUGGCUCUUUGACUUUGCAUUCCAAAUCAGUGUCCUUCUUGUGGUUUGAAAAUGUUAAAACAUCCCUGAAAUCUAAAUCAUAUAACCGGAAUUUUAUAGUGUUCUCACUCUACCUGUAAAGAUCAUUUGGAAGACUUUAGACUCUAUUAAUUUUAAAAAGGAAUAUUUAUUAGCCGUAUGCAGAAUUUCUAAUGACGAUAUUAAUUGUAAAGCUUCUAAUUCACUUUUCAGAUCAAUUUUUGAAAUGGCAGUUAUCAGUGUUGGAUUUAGUUCCAGUUACUUGAUUUACAAAAUUGUACGUUUAGGAAGAGAAGGGUUAAAAGAAACAGUGAGAAAUGUAAAAAUUCAAAAGGAGAAUUGCUUCUCAAUUGUGGUAAUAAUUAUCGGAGACAUGCAACUGAAAAUGUCUCACCUUUCAUCUUUUUUUCUUAAUUCAUAAAGUUCAUCUUGUAGAAUUUGAUGAGACCCUCCUAGUGGUUCUCAACGGAGGUCGUGCUGUCGGCUAAUGGUGUUUGGAAGUGUUGGGGCUAGGGCACAUUUUUGGUUGUCAUAGCAACUAGGGUGGCAUUGGGUGCCCAGUGCCAGGAAUAGUAACAUUAUGAAUUCCAGGGACAGUUUGUUCAGUAAAGUCUUCCAUUCAAAAUAGGCUGGGCGCGGUGGCUCACACCUGUAAUCCCAGCACUUUGGGAGUCCAAGGUGGGCAGGUCACCUGAGGUCAGGGGUUCGAGAACAGCCUGGCCAACAUGGUGAAACCCUGUUGCUACUAAAACUACAAAAGUUAGCUGGGCGUGGUGGCGCAUGCCUGUAAUCCCAGCUACUCAGGAGGCUGAGGCAGGAGAAUUGCUUGAACUCAGGAGAGGGAGGUUGCAGUGAGCUGAGAUUAUACCACUACACUCCAGCCUGGAUGACAGAGUGAGACUUUGUCUCAAAAAAAAACACCCAAAACAAAAUACAAGCAGCCUUGUCCCUUCCCCAGUGAUAAAUUUAUCAAAUCGAGAAGCUUUAGUUUUGUGUCUAAUUAUUUUUCCCCUGAUCAAAAUUACCCAAGUCGAAAAAACGUAUUUUUGGAAUUACAGCAACACACUAUCUGAAUUUUGUGAGUUUGUGGCUUUAUCAUAAAUCACCAUUUCCCUAAGGGGAAAUUGCUUCUUUCUUCUUAGGAAUGCUGGUGGAAACUUGAUGAAACAGCCCAAUCCACCAGGGCAGGCCACUCACCCAUUGCACUGAUUCCACAAUAAAUAAGAAAAAAAAAAAAACUUGUUGAGGUAGCUACAAUUCUACAGGUUAAUUUAAAGGCGCCUUUGUCUACCCGUCAUUUUUUGAAAGCAAAAUUACAUUUUACUAUUUUACAUAACCAGUGAAAAGAAGUUGAAAGCAUGUAGCUCCCUGUUUUUGGUGCUCUGGAAUGCUGAGGGCAGGUUCUUAGCCAGUGAUUUUUAACAUGCAGUGCAUUUGUUAGACUUGUUAACACUAGCAAAGGUAGUCAAACUUGAUCCCCAUGAAAAAUCAAGGAAUUGGGAGUGAAGGAGGGUUUAGAAGUGAUCCAGAAUGACUUCUCCCAGAAUUACUGUGUAUAUAUCUUUACUUUUCGGAGUUUUCAUUAGAAUGGUUAAGAGUUUUAUGAAAGACAGUUUUAAAACUUACUCUGGGUUAAAUAUUAAUACUUUAAAAAUUUUUAUUUUACUAGACUUGUUGCAGCCUUUUGAAAGUAGCAGAGUUUCAUACCACAUAUAUAAUAGAGCAUACAUUUUCUAUAAUCAGGCACCUUUUGCUGCUUUUGAGUAAGACUGUUUUCCUCUUUAGGUGUUAAGCAUUUCCAAACAGAAGAAUCUGCUCUCUUCUCUCGAUUGUAACAUAGCCUGACAGCUCUAGAUACAGCAUUUCUAUGAUGAAAAGUGAGUGUCUAUCAGGAAAUCUAGAAGACUAGCCAUGUUUUCUCAGACUCCACCUUUGUUUGCACUCUGUUGCCUUGUGAGGAGCUUUCUGGCAUGUGAUUAUUUACUUCAAAAUGAGAGUUCCAAGCACCUACAUUAAUUAUUUUAUAUUGUGUGCAGAAUACUAUAUCUUCUAAUGUCAGAUACGAUACACUGCACAAUUGCUUUUGCACUCUUACAAUUUUUGUACUAAUAGGAAAUAUUUAUGUUCUUUGAGUGUGAGCUUUGAAUAGAUGGCAUUAUCACUUUAUUGUUUUUUUAGCAAAAACUUUCUCAGUUAUUCUAUUGCAAUGUUAUUCUGAGCAAGUCCUAUGCCAAAUAUCUUGUAUAAUGUUUGUAUGGAAGAUUAAAUUUUACUCUUGUGUGGUAAGACUAUUCAGUUACUGAUUUUAUAGCUGGAAUUUGAUAUUCCAGCACAAAGUCCACAGUGUAUUCAGAAAUUCAAGUUGGUGUCAUACAUUUCAUUUUGAUGUGAACUUUUCUUUGCUUUCCUUUGUUCUAAGACUCCAUUUUGCAAUAAACGUUUUGACAGUAAA